CCAAUUUCGCUUGCUCUUUCAUUGUGAGAGGUAAUAAACACAGGAAGAGAGACGCUGCAGACGCUAACCUUCCAACGAAAUAUUAAGUUUCGGUCAAAUGUUAACUAGUUUUCAAUUAACGAAAAACUAAUAUUUUACAUGAAUAGUGAAGUGCUACAAUUCAUAAACAAGGUUUAUUGCAGACAUGAGAUUUGACGAUAGGUUAAACGGAGAGACAAAUUAUCUUUAGCAACUUUACCGAAGAGCUUUAAUUUACACAUUUUCUUUAAAUCAAAGUUUCAUACAAAAAUAUAGCGAUUGUGUUUCAUUUUUCUCUUAAAAAGUUGACAAACACCUACACGACUCUGUAUUGUUGUAUCCAGCAAAAUGUCACUGGAAAUUGAAGAAUGGUUGCAGAAUUUCGAAGAUUUACAAAAUUUUUUGGGCGAAGAAACAAGCUUGAAGAUUCUUAAUGGAGAAAGAGACACUACGGUUCUCUCCAAAGAAGAAGAUUCACAGAUUUUAUGCGACGAAAUAGAUCCUAAAGUCCUUUGCGAUGGAAAAGACUCGAAGAUUUUCUCCAAUAAAAAAAAACCCAAGAUUUUCCUCCAAGAUAAUACUAAUCGGGAGUUCAAUAAAUUCAACCCCUUCCAAAGUUUACAAUUUUCUGGGCGAAAUCCUCAUCCAAAGCGUUUCAUAGAAACUUUUGAAUAUUUUGCAGCUCAUGAAAACCUUAUUGAUAAAGAAAAAAAAGAUUAUUUUAUUCAGUGUCUUGUUCAGGAAGCUAGGAAGUGGUUGAAUACUCGUAAUUAUGGAUCUUAUGAAGAGAUGAAAGAAGCCUUCCUCGAAUUUUUUUGGGGUCCUGAAGUUCAGAAAUCUUUUUUAUUUCAUUUGAAACAUGGGAAAUACAACAAAGCCUCUGGGGUCUCGACAAUUGACUACUUUUUUAUGUUUGUUCAUGAAGCAAAACUUUUAGAUGAUCCUUACCCCGAGAAAGUCGUAAUUGAAUAUAUUUUGCAUCACUUUAAUUCCACGGAAAUAGAGGAAGUCAUUAAAAUAAAUCCAGUAAAGACUAUCGAAGAAGCUGUGGGUCUUUUAAGGAGGGUAAAUAUUCCAAUAGAACCAAUGGAUCAUACACAAGCAAAUUUGUAUAUUCUUGAAGAAAUUAAUUAUCAACUAUCCGAGACUAAAGCUUUUCAAGAUCUGAAAUUUUCCGGAUUCUAUGAUAAAUGCAAUCCUAAAACUUUCAUUAAAAAUUUUGAGUCUUUUGCAACUCAUGAAAACCUUAGUCAUUGCAAGAAACAACAUUAUUUUAUUCAAUGUCUUACCGGGUCUGCUCAAGAAUGGCUGCAAGCUCGAGGAUACGGAACUUACGAAGAAAUGAAAGAAGAUUUUUUAAAUUUUUACUGGAGUCCACACCUUCAGACAUGUUUUUUACAUUAUUUGAAAGAAGGGAAGUACUGCGAAGGAUGUACAAAGUCGAAGACUGACUAUUUUUUUAAUUUUUACAAAAAUGCGAUAUGCUUGGACGAUCCUCCUCCCGAGAAGGAAAUAAUAAAAGGCAUUUUGCACCAUUUUAAUUUAAAGGAGAUUAAGGAUUAUAUUAUCGAAAAACCAGUCGAGACCCUAAAAGAAGCUGUGGGUCUUUUAUCGCGAAUAGAUUUUGUAAAUCAGUCGGCAAUUCAUCAAGGACAAAAUAACUUUAAUAUUCCUCAAGAAAAGAAUGAUUUAUUAGCAAGGGAGUUUAACUUUUUCGAAAAACUUAAAUUUUGUGGACACAAAGAUACCAAGAAUCCCCACCGUUUCAUACAAAAUUUUGAAUUUUUAGCAGAAAAUGAAAAUCUUAGUGAAUACCAAAAACAGCUUUAUUUCAGUAACUGUCUUGAUGGGGAAGCUAGAAGAUGGUUAGAUACUCGGGGAUACGGACCUUAUGAGGAAAUAAAAAAAGAUUUUUUGAAUUUCUACUGGAGUCCAGAUGUUCAGAGAAGUAUUUGGAUUCAUUUGAAAAACGCGACGUUCCACCGUGGAUAUGAGCACUCAUGGAAUGACUAUUUCUAUCUUUUUUAUAAUUAUGUUAAAUUUUUCGACAAUGCUCUCCCUGAGAAGGAAAUAAUUACAGAUAUUUUGCAUCACUUUAAAUUAGAGGAGGUAGAAAGUGCAAUGGAAUUGAUGCCAGCAGAGACACUUGAACAGGCUUUGAAUCUUGUAACAAUGGUGAGCUAUUUUCAUCGAACUGGCGCGCAUGAUAACACUCACGAAAAGUCUGAGACUGAAAAAAAAGAAGAUGAUUCUAAAUCUGGUAAAAUCUUACAAGAAAUACAAGAUUUAAAAAUGAGAAGCGAACUUGGACAGAUUGAGUUAAUUUUCUUUCUUUCUCUAUUUUCAUUCAUCGCAAUUUUCUUUUCUGCUUUUCCACUUCUUUUUACGUUGCUAUUACUUUUACUAAAUUUAUAUUUCUUCAAGUCGUCAAUAGCGUUCUCUCCAGGGCAAGCAAUGUUCAUUCAGAAUCAAAAGAAAAUGGGUGAAGAAAUAAUUCAGAAAUUAACUCAAAGUAUUGAUUUCUAAAAAUCAGGACGAAUGAGGAAGAAUGAGAAAUUGUUGAUAUUUUAAAUUAAUUUUCUGAAAAAUGUAAAUGUUGUGUAGAUUAUGACUGAUUGUGAUUUUUUAUAUAUUGCUCUGCAUUUAUGACCACUUUUUAGAUACAUUUUUAACUCAGAAUAUUUAUACCUGAAACGAAAUGAAAAUAAUCUCCAUUGAUAGGUAUAGUUUUAAUUACUAUAAAAAUCAUUUUAUCAAUUUUGUCGAAGGUUUAAUACAUUACAAA